AUGCCACAUUCUCCAGUUCCAUCGGCACCUACGACUCCUCGAACGACCCCGAAAAAUACGUUGAACAAGAUGGCAAAGAAAGACAAAGACGGCAAGGCUUUCGACUUUGGGAAAUCCAAGUUCUCCUCAAAACACGAAGUCAUCCGACGUGGCAAGGACGUCGAGGUCAAGCUCGAUGGACUGAAGCUUGGCAAGGAGGACACUUUGAGGAUUGUCGUCAUGCCACCAGUUCGCCACCUGCCUGCCGGUGAGGAGCCCACAGAAAUCGAGCCUCAUGUCAAGAAAAGCGGCAGCAAGUAUGAGAUCAAGUUCAAGCCGGCUGAGGUUGGAACGCACAAGGUGUUCGCCUACGUUAACGAGGUCCAACAUCCGCUUUCACCAUUCCCGAUCCGUGUUUAUGAUUCUUCGGAGAUCAUUGUCGGUGAUAUUCCCAGUCAUUCGAAGUUGAACGAUACGGUGGAAUUCACAGUCGAUGCUGGGCGUGCUGGUUUCGGUAACCUGGAGAUGGCGAUCAAAGAUGCCGAUGGCGUUAUUAUCCCGUCACAUGUUGCCCAACUCGAGACCGGAUCAGCCAAGUUCUUGGUCACUUUCUCGCCUGCCACCAAGGGAACUCAUACCGUCAACAUCACCUUCAACAAAGAAGUCCUCAAGAAUAGCCCUUUCCAAGUUCAUAUCACCGAUGAAGGCGUCCCGGUCGAGGUCAGCCCAGUGAUGACUCCUGAGCUAAGCAAGAAGGAGCUGAAGAAGAGAGAGGAAGAGCGCAAAAAGGAAGAGAAAGAACGACUGAAGCGAGAAAAGGAAGAGAAAGCAGCUACUCUCAAACGCGAGAAGGAUCUCAAAAAGGGCAAGAAACCAUCAGCCACCGGAAUUGGAAAGACCACGGUGACCAAGAUUCCGUCUCUGUCCAGGGUUGGCCAACCAUCCCAUCUGCUAAUCACUAUCGCUGGCGGCGAUGAACUUGAGAUCAGUGUUUAUCGAGCCACUGAUGGUAACAAAUCCACCGUUCCGACGGAAGUUAACGAGUCGGAACCUGGAAUUAUGCAGAUCACCUUUGUCCCAGAGGCUGUCGGUGACCACGAGAUCGAGGUAAAGACUAGUGGUCAACACGUGUCUGGAAGCCCCUUCACUUGCCGCGCUUACGACCCUGAGAAGAUCAAGGUCGGCAAUAUUCCAUCAGGAGCCAUCGAUAAGCCGGUGCACUUUGUCGUCGAUGCUUCAGAAGCUGGUGUUGGAAACUUGGAGGUGGCAGUCAACGAGGGUCGUAUUCCAUCGAUGGCCAAUUCGCUUGGACAGCACCGUUACGACAUCUCUUUCGUACCCCGCGAGACCCAAGAUCACACCAUCACGGUUCGAUUCAACAAUGAGCCGGUCCCUGGUAGCCCCUUCAACUGUAAGAUCGCAUCGGCAGCCCCGGUGCAGAUGAGCGGCCCGGGCUUGGAAAGAAUUGCUGUUGGAGAGCCCACCGACUUCGAAAUUGGCUCCGAAAGCACCGAUGAACCAACGAUUGUCAUCCGUGAUCCACAGGGGACUGCGGUUAGCUCGAAGGUCCGCCAGAUUCAGGGUGGAUAUUCGGUCUCCUACACGCCAAACUGUGUGGGCAAUCACGUGAUUGAUGUGUCGUACCACGGUGAGCCAGUUGCCGGUAGCCCGUUCACCGUUAAGGCCUACGACGCCGACAAGGUCCGACUUACCACUGCUGAAGAUUCGCGAGUUGGAAAACCAACCACCUUCUCGAUCGACGCGGCAAAGGCCGGCGCAGGCAAUAUGGAGAUCAUUGUUUCCGUUGAUGGCCGCAACGUCCCAAACUUCGUCCAGUCCGAAGGCCAAGCCCGCUUCAAAGUCUCCUUCACUCCUCAAGAGUCGAGAGAGCACAUCGUCAGCGUCAAGUUCAACGGUCAUCCUAUUCCGGGCUCACCUAUGCGAGUCCAAGUUGUGCCUGCCGAUGGACCUCCAAUGGAGAGCCUUCACCUGGCGCACGGGCUUGAAACGGAACCUUUGGCUCAGUCUUCAGCUCAUACAGCCUCGAAGUCAAGGCUUCUUGAGGAAGCACCAACUGCUGUGGUCGGCCAAAAGAAAGGUUUCGCCAUCGACACGGCUGGCCGCACCGGUGACUGCAACGUUGUGGUGACGGCUCCUGAUGGCUCUCGACUCCCUGUUCACCUGCAACGCACGAAGAACGGCUAUCAUUUCGAUUUUAUGCCGCAAAGCGCAGGUGAUCACCGCGUGGAGACGAUGAUCGAUGGGGAACCGAUCGGAGAAGAAUUCUUGGUUUAUGUCAAUCAGGAACAGCCCCAAAUGCAACUACCAGAAACCUGCGUGGUCGGGAAGAAAUAUUCAUUUGAAGUCCCGACUUAUGGAAGCGGAAGGCAUGAAGUGCGUGUGAAUAUUCGUAGUCCUGAAGGAAAUCCUAUUCCUGUCCAACUUGAAGAUUUACCUAAUGGGAAUGUAAGAGCGACAUGCCGUUUCAAACAACCUGGACAACAUUCGGUUGAUUGCUUUGUGCAAGAUGAACCUGUCGGAGAGCAACAAACCGUUGACGUUGUCGAUGGAAACCGUGGGGUGCAACUCAUUUCGGAGUUUGGACGCGAGGUUGUUGGCGAGCCAGCUGAAAUCCGCCUGCUACUCGAAAAAGGAAUUGAAAAUCACGUCGAAGUCCGAGUUUCUGCUCCAGAUGGCCGGCCCUUGGAUGUUCAUUUGUCAAAAUUAAGUCAGACAACCAUGGCAGCCGUUUGGACACCACAGGUGGAUGGUGACCAUGAAGUGAGCAUCCUGGUUGGCGGAGAACCAGUUGGGCAAAGCCCCUAUCUUGUCCAAGCCCUUGAUCCGACCUCUGUACGCCUCAUCGGCCUCAAGAAUGAUCGUGUUGGAGUCGAGCAGCGCUUUAACAUCGAUUACACAAAUUCUGGUGCAACCAGCGCCCAAGUGGAAGUCUCUUUGGGCAACCGGACAAUCCCAUGUCAGCUGAAGAAGAUCAGGGACGGCCUGUUAGUUGGCGCCUUUGUGCCUAAGCAUCCAGGAAUGUAUUUGGUUGAUGUUACUAUCGAUGGCUACAAUCUGCAACCAAUUGAAUGCCACGUCUCGGCUGAAGGAGCUGUGAGAGCUACUGGGGAUGCUCUUCGAUUUGCCCAGAGGGGCCGAACCGCUAGAUUCGAAGUUUCGACGAACAGUGCUACUAGAGGAGAACUUGAUGUUCUUGUUUCCGAUCCCAACGGUGGCCCGCUCUCUGUGCGCUGCUACCGACAGCAAGAUGACAGCUAUUGGGUGGAAUUCACUCCUGAACAGACCGGCGAGCACAGCAUCGAAGUCACCUUCGGAGAUGUGGCUGUUUCUGGCUCUCCAUUCAAAUGCCAGGUCAUCGACCCCAAGAAGGUGCAGGUUCGGGGUCUCCAGGAUGGCCUAACGCUCCGGCAUGCCGCUACCGUUGCGCUUAACCGACGUGAAGCGGGCACGAAAGAUCUCAGCGUUGAAGUCACCGACCCGGAGGGCAAACCCCUAAGAGUCGAAAUGCUCAAGAGUCCCACUGGCGAAGACCGCGCCACCUUCCUACCCGUUCAACUCGGACCCCACCGUGUCAACGUCAAGGCGGCCGGGUUCCCGCUACCUGGCUUCCCCCAAACCAUCAACGUUGGGGAAGUUGCCCAGCCUGCCAUUUAUGGCGCUGCGGUUGACCAGAGCGUCAAAGUCGGCGAGCCCGCCAGCUUCAUUUUCGAUCCGAAGAAGGCUACCGGUGGCUUGAAGAUUGAUGUUCGGGGCCCGCACAAGACCAAGGUCCGCCACAACACCAUGCGAAGGCCAAAUGGCACCUCCGAAGUCGUGUUCUACCCCGAGGAUGUCGGAAUGUACACUGUCUCUGUUCACUUCAACAACAAGCCUGUCCAAGGUUCGCCUGUCGAAGUUCGGGUAAUCGACCCUGCCAAGGUGGUGGUUGACGACCGGAUGACUGAUCGGGAGGGCCAGAUCCAGCUUGGCUUGAAUCAGAGGAGUGUCAUCGAUAUCGAUGCCACAGCUGCCGGACCCGGCAAACUUCGGGCCGAAGUUCGAGACGCCAACAAUGCGCUCGUCACGGGCGCCUCAGGCACUGGUCCGGUUGUGGUGGAGGAGCUGGGAUACGGAAAAUGGCGAGUGGCUGUCGAGCCCAAAACCCAGGGUCGCCAGGCCCUCUACCUCUACUGGAACGAGCUGCCCGUCGAGACGGCGUUCCCGCUUAGAAUGCAUGUUGGCACCGCUGCUAUGGGACCCGGUCCAAGCACAAGCAAGACUUACGACUACGUUGCGUCUUCAGCACCUGCCCAUAAGAAGGAGCGCUCCACCGGCUCGCAUCAACCUUAUGACGAUGAGCUCGCAGAUCAUCUUCAUGUCAUCUUGAGAGGGGAUGGCUUGAGAAGGGCACAACUACAAGAGCAGGCCGAAUUCAUCGUCGAUGGUUCAGACAUUUCACGAGAAGGUCGAUUGACUGCAACCCUCAUCGGUCAGAAGGCUGAUAUCCCGGUGAAGGUGAACCAGCUUGGGCACAACGUCUACAAAGCGACCUACACACCUAUGGUCGGCGGAAGCUACGAACUGCAUGUGCUCUGGAACAGCAGACAUGUCAAGGGCUCUCCAUUCCCAGUUGCUGUCUCCGCCACAUCCGGAAUUGCCGACUCUAUCCUGGUCGACACUUCCACGAUGAAGAUCGGAAUUGUUAACGAAGAAGUUGUUACCUUGAUCGAUACGCGACGCGCUGGCACGGGUGGCAAGCUUUCAGCUCAAUGCAUGGGACCCGCCAAGUUGGCGUAUUGCGAGCUGUUUGACCAUCGGAACGGCACAUAUACGUUGUCUAUUCGGCCAACGGAGGUUGGAAAGCACACGUUGACUGUCAAGUAUGACGGUGAGCACGUGCAUGGUAGCCCCUUCCUCAUCCACGUCUCAAUGCCACCGGAUCCGUCCAAGGUCCGCGUGUAUGGACCUGGCAUCGAACACGGAAUUCUGUCCCUCUUCAAAUCCAACUUUGUCGUCGAGACGAAGGGAGCAGGUGCCGGCCAGUUAACCGUGCGAGUUCGCGGGCCUAAGGGAGCCUUCAACGUUGAGAUGCAAAAGGAGAAGAAGAAUGAUCGGACUAUCCAUUGCAAAUAUGAGCCCAGGGAACCUGGAGACUAUCAGGUGGAAGUCAAGUGGCACGGAGAGCAUGUGCCUGGAUCCCCAUUCUUGGUGAUGAUUGUUGACACCGAGCAGGAAUUAAUUAGAUUCUUGCGCGGUGAGGCCCCUUCACCGACCCCUAUGACGCCGUUCAUCCCUCCCGGCUGGGUUGGACCCCCACCAGCUCCGAUGGCAUACCCUGGACGACCUGGGCCCCUUAUGGGCCCUCCAAGAAGUCCAUUCCCGCCUCCAGGCAUGCCCCACCCGGCCAUGAUGCCUCAUUACGGAGGCCCUCCACCCCCGCGCGGAAAGAAAUUUUCAAAUGGCUAU